AUGGCACCAGGGCCCUUGCCUGGGGCGCUGGGCUCCUGCCGACUCCCAGGAGCAGCAGCUCGAACCGCCUGCCAGGCCGGGCUCCUGGACACUCCCUCCCGCCUCUCUCCUCCCACUCCCUCCCUUCCCUCUACAGUCCUCCAGCUCCGGAUCCACAGACGGUAUCAGGACCCGAUCUCCGACCCAGAUCCGUGGAUCUCAGCCUCAGGCCCGGCUCUGGCCCCCAUCCCAGCCUCGCCCUCCGGCCCCGCCUCCUUCCUCUCCAGUCCUGGGGUCCUGCGCCCUGAGCCCAGACGCUGCCCUUGGAGGCCCCUGAGGAAUGUGAGUCUGCACCAGAGUGAGGGGAAGCCCCGCUGGCAGUCAGGCCUUGGUCCUCUGUCCUGCUGGCCUCUGCCCCUCGCUGGUGGUGUCAAGCUGACCCUCUACUUCACGUGGGGCUGGGCGGGGAAGGAGGAACAGGGCUGCGUAAGCUCCCGCCACUUGAAGAGAACCCUUAGCCGCUUUCUAAGUGUACGAUCCGUGGGCGGAUUAGUCUCGGAGCUCCGGCAGCAGCUGCGCCUGCGGGGCCUCCCGGUGUCGGGGACCAAGUCGACGCUCCUGGAGCGCAUGCGCGGAGGCGCCCCAUCCCGCGAGCGGCCGAAGUCGCGGCGCGAGGAAGGUCCCGCGGGCGCGCCCUGGCCACGCCUCAGGCCCAAGGCCCUCGCAGCCGCCCGACGUCACGGCUCGUCCAAGCCCCGCCCAGCAUCUCCCCCGCCGCCGCCUCUUUCUCGUGCCGUGGGAACCCACGUGCCCGCUCCCGCUCCGGCUCCGGCUCCGGCUCCGGCUCCGGCUCCGGCUGCAGAACCGACCCCUUCCUCAGCUCCAGCCGCAGCACCAGCCGCAGCAGCCCCGACUCUGGAGCAGGAGCUGCAGGAAGCGAUUCGGAGGGCGCAGUUGCUUCCGAACCGGGGCAUCGAUGACAUCCUGGAGGGUCAGGACGAGCCUGCUGACCUGCUGCCCCCUAUCCCCUUGGACUUCCCUGGCUCCUUCGACGUGCUGUCCCCUUCCCCAGACUCUGAAGGCCUCUCCUCUGUCUUCUCUUCCUCGCUCCCGUCCCCCACAAACUCCCCAUCCGCCUCUCCCAGGGGCCCCACGGACUCCUUGGACUGGCUGGAAGCUCUGAGCGGGGGUCCUCCGCUGGGCUGCGGCCCCCCGGCCCCCAGCAUCUUCUCUGCUGAUUUAUCGGACUCCGGUGGCCCGCGGCUGUGGGACCUGCUGGAGGGUCCAUGGUGAUGGAUUCUAGGGUUUCAAGGGACGGAGAACCGGUAGGGACGGGGAGUCACAGAGACAGACUCCCUGAGGGAGGGGUUGGAACAACUGGGAGAGCCCCCUCCCACCACAGACCCAGAAUCAGAAGCAACUCUCAUCUCACCUGGGCCCCUAAACUGCUGCUGGACACGCCAACCACCUGACUGUUCCUGCCUGACCUCCUAGGCUCGCCUCCAGGGCUGUGUGCUGGGGGCGGGAGCCUCAUUUGCUGCUGGCCGGGCAAACAAGCUGCUUGCUGCUUCCCGCA